AUGGAGGCUCUUCUUCGUCAGUCAAAGGGCUUGUGUCCAUUUCUGCAGAAGACCUGUCCCGCAACGCUACGCUCUCUGUCCUCCUCCACUCGCCAGUCGCCUGGUGGCGGCACCAUCACGAACCUUCAGCACAUUGCUCGACGAUGCCCUGUCAUGAACAAAGCUCUGGCUGUCCAGAGCGCGAGAAUCUCGUCUCGUAACUAUGGCAAGGUCGCCACCGGCAGCUCAGGAACGGUCAAGAAUCUGCUCAACAAGAAGCUUCAUACCUCGGCUGAGAAGAAAGCCAGUGUCGCUGCCAAUGUUAUUCGUGGUGCUCCAGCCGUCCCGCCCUCUGUUGCGAAGCAGCACGUUGUCCACGCACCCGACUCACAAAUUCGCCCAAAGCCGGCGGCUCCGACCACUGCGCGCUUCGAUUACGAUGGCUUCUACAAGAACGAGUUGGACAAGAAGCACAAAGACAAGUCGUACCGCUACUUCAACAACAUCAAUCGCCUGGCACAAGAGUUUCCGCGCGCACACAUGGCAACUCCAGAAGAGCGUGUGACCGUCUGGUGUUCCAACGACUACCUCGGCAUGGGCCGUAACAAGCAUGUACUGAAGACCAUGCACGCAACCCUUGACAAGUAUGGCGCCGGAGCCGGAGGCACUCGCAACAUCUCCGGUCACAACCAGCAUGCCAUGGGUCUGGAGCGCAAAUUGGCUGAUCUUCAUGGCAAGGAUGGCGCCCUCGUCUUCAGCUCCUGCUAUGUAGCGAACGAUGCCACACUCGCAACUCUGGGUUCCAAGAUGCCGGAUUGCGUUAUUCUCAGCGAUAGCAUGAACCAUGCUUCCAUGAUUCAGGGCAUCCGCCACUCGGGUGCCAAGAAGAUGGUCUUUAAGCAUAACGACCUGGUCGACCUCGAGAACAAACUGAGUUCGCUCCCACCUGAACAACCAAAGAUUAUCGCUUUCGAGUCCGUGUACUCCAUGUGCGGUUCCGUGGCCCCUAUUGAAGAAAUCUGCGAUCUGGCGGAUAAGUAUGGGGCGGUUACUUUCCUCGAUGAAGUGCAUGCGGUGGGCAUGUACGGGCCGAACGGCGCAGGCGUUGCGGAACACCUAGAUUACGACGUUUGGGCGGAUCCCAACCGCACCCGAGAGACUCAGAAAGGUACAGUCAUGGAUCGUAUCGACAUCAUCACGGGCACGCUGGGCAAAGCCUACGGUUGUGUGGGUGGCUAUAUCGCUGGAAGCGCAGCCAUGGUCGACACUGUUCGUUCUCUUGCUCCCGGCUUCAUCUUCACCACAUCUCUUCCUCCUGCUACCAUGGCCGGUGCUAAGGCCGCUAUCGAAUAUCAGUCAGAGUACCAGGGAGAUCGUCGUCUUCAGCAAGUGCACACUCGCGCCCUGAAGGACGAUCUGACCGCCCGUGGCAUUCCAGUCAUUCCCAAUCCGAGCCACAUCGUUCCCCUCCUGGUAGGCGAUGCGGAAACAGCCAAGAUGGCCUCGGAUAUGCUACUCACCGAUUAUGGUAUUUAUGUUCAGAGCAUUAAUUACCCUACCGUACCGAGAGGUGAAGAGCGUUUGAGGAUUACCCCGACCCCCGGACAUACAGCUGAGCUCCGUGCUGAGCUUGUGGAGGCACUUGAUAGUGUCUGGAACCGGCUUGAAAUCAAGCGCGUAGCCGACUGGGAAGCCCAAGGAGGUUUCGUUGGAGUGGGAGUGCAGGGCGCUGCGCCUGUCGAGACUCUCUGGACCGACAGCCAGCUCAACGAGAUCGAGACCAAGCUCGCGUCUGCAUCCGUCGAGACUGUUGACACGCCGCUCGCCGCAGCGGCGGCCGCGGCUUAG